AUGAUGAUCCUUCUAGUACUAUUAAUUUCACAAAUAUUAAACGGUAUUGUAGCACGAUCCGUUGAUGUAGUAACAAUAGCAGUAGAUAGACCAGAGGAAUGGAAUUUAGUCGAAUCGAAAUCACUCAUACCAAAUACCGAUGAAUUAUUAGAAUGUAUAAUAGUAACAAAAUCAAAUCCUAAUCAAGUCGAACAAUUGCGUCGUAAACUAGAUCAGGUAUCGAAUCCGCGAGAUAAAGAAAAUUAUGGAAAAUACAUGACAAUAAACGAUAUUCAUAAAACUAUUUUAACGGAUACACGACCAACAGGGGAAAAGAUUGAAAAAUGGUUAGUUGAACAAAAACAACAAGGUAUUCAGAUUCAUACUAUUAAACCUUCAGCUCACAACGAAUUCAUUAAAAUAAGAUUACCUGUGAAUGCCGCUGAAAAACUAUUUCAAGCAAAGUUCCGACGACAUCGAAAUGUAGUCACUAAUCAAAUGGCAUUAAGAUCAGAGACAUAUAGUUUACCGCUAUCUAUUCACACAAAAGUUGCUUGGAUCCAUGGUAUUUCAGCAUUUCCAUCUCGUAUAACACGUCAUAAGAAGGAAUCUGUGACCAAAAGAAAUAUUCAAUUGGUACGAAGUAAAAGAGCGACUUCGAGUAAUGCUCCAAUAAUACAAAAAGUUAAAUUUGAUUUACACAAAAGGGGUCAGCUGUUCGUCCAAUUAAUUUGUCAAAAUGGUGAGGAGGCACGCUUAACAAUUUGUCCAAAUUUCCAAGGAUUGCAAAUUUUUGUUAAACUCCAACAAACGCCUACACUCUUUACCACCGUCCUGAGUCGUACAGACCUAAUCACUCACUCGCUUAGUUGUGUACCGUGUACAAAUAGUACCGUGAGCAGCACAUGUAACAGUCAAGGAUUGAAUGAAUCUGCGAUUAUGUGUACAAUGUCUAUUGAUAAAAGUCGUUUUAAAAAUUAUUUCCUGUAUCAAUUUAGUGUUCGUUCAUUAUUUGGUAACGGUACGAAUACGACUGAAUAUUCUAAUAUCGGUAUAUAUAGAUCACUAGUCUUUCGUAGUCUUCCUCUAGUUCCUGGUGUCGCCAUGGCAAUGUAUAAUAUAACUUAUGGCGGUAAAUACGCGAAACGUUCUCCUCUUCUAAGACAAGGUGUUGCUGGCUUUAGUUCCCAAUAUAUUAAUCGUGCUAGUAUUAAAUCGUUUGCUAGAGUAUACGCAAAAAAGUUUAAUUUAAAUGUUGGAAAAAUCUACGGUAAAAACAAUGCAAGUAAUCCCGGUGAUGAAUCCACCAUUGAUAUGGAAUUUAUGUCAGCGAUGGGUAGUGGGAUACCAACGGACUUUAUUUCUAUAGGUCCUCUAUUCGAUGGUUUAAUUUUUGACUGGAUAAUAAAAAUAUUGGAAAUGGCCCAGGAUCCUUCUAUAUUGUUACCGCGUGUCCACACAUUCAGCUACUCUACUGAUGAACCUAAUUAUGGAACUAGUUAUAUUGACAUCAUGGAAACUAAGUUGAUGUCAUUGGGAUUAGCAGGCUUUACAAUGUUUGUUGCGUCGGGUGAUGAUGGAACAUCAUCAAGAACACUUGGAUGUGGUGCUACUGGACUUGCACAGUAUCCAUCGUCAUCGGCCUAUAUGACAAGUGUUGGUGGAACAUUAUUCGUUCGAAGUAGUACAAAUACAAGUUGUCGUUAUGUCAAACAAGAACGGGGAGUAUGUUUGCAGGAAGUCGUUGCUUCUCUGAGUGACCAAACUUUAUCUUCAAUUACAAGUGGCGGUGGUUUUAGUGCAUAUAUUGGACAGCCUGAUUAUCAGAAAGCUUUUGUUGACCGAUAUCUAAAUAUCAGUGGAAAGCAGAUACCCCCAUCAACAUUUUUCAACAAGUUAGCACGAGCUUAUCCAGAUAUCAGUUUUGCAGCGGUGAAUUUUGUUGAGACAUCGAAUGGUCAAAGUUUUCUUGUAGAUGGUACAUCCGGAGCAUCUCCGGCCAUAGCGGGCGUCUUUAGUUUAAUAAAUGAUUAUCGAUUACAACACGGUUUGCCUUUUUUGGGUUUUCUGAAUCCUACAUUGUAUUACAUCGCUAAAUGUCGACCGGAUGCAUUUCACGAUAUAACAGUAGGAGACAAUCGUUGCAACAAAGACACAUGUUGUAAAUAUGGAUUUUAUGCACAACCAUCGUUUGAUGCUGUUAGUGGCCUUGGCUCAAUUAAUUUUCCUGUUUUAUUCGAUAUUCUGACAAAACCACUUAACAUUUCAGCAAACUGUUGAUUCUAUGUGUUAGGUCAGGAGACCCGAAAUGGACGGAGAUGAGCAACAUUACUGAACUACUGUAUUGUUAUAUGAAACAACCAUUUUCUUUUCAGGAAGUAUCUCUCUCAUAUAGUCACUGUCGCGUCAUGCCUGCACUGUAAAAACUGUUGUAAGAACAAGUAUUUGUAUUUCCACACGUUCUUGAAAUAUUCAUCUUAGAGAGAUGUUCAGACUUCUACACUGCACAUUCAAACAUCAAGCGCUCUUACUUUUAUUUUGAGAUCAAAUGCUAGUUAUAUGUCGAACCAUUGAGAAGCAUGUGGUAGAACUUAGGAAAGUCCGAGAUUGAGCUGUAUCAGAAAUAAUAAUCAAAAUUUUUCUAAAGGUUCAAAAGGCUGUUAGUAUAGUUUCUGCGACAAGUGGAGAGCGUGUUUACAAGUAACACGCACGUAACAGACUGUGCAGUUAUUUUAAGCUCGACCUCUAAGCAAGUCUGAAGUGAAUGAUUCACCUUGGUUGCAUUAUGUUCCCGAAGAGAAAGCCGGGUAAAACAUGGUGAAAUCAGUGUGUCAUUUAUAUCUGGUUCUCUUAGCCUAAAUGAAAUUGUAUUAUAUAUGCUCGAAGGGGAAGCAGAUUAAAAUAAAAUUCCCUAUAACGAGGAAUUACAAAUAGUUUGUUAUAAGGCAGGAGCAGUUAUAAACAGAACAAGGAGGAGCAUUCUGCAAAAGAGAACAUCGCAGACGAGCGCCGAUGAAAUCUGACCAUUUAUUAAUCACCAUUGUACGUGGGACAGGGUUAGAAACCCACAGUUUUUGCUCAAACUUGUUCAACGAAUAUAUAAGAGAACUGCAGGCCAUUCAAGACCUCCCUACUCUUACAUGUACAAUACACGAUAAACGCGUGUAGUAGGCGGAAUAUUGAGAAAAGGUCGAAAUAUCCAGUCGCGCUGAUGGUCUAGCGGUUUUUAACCUUGCUAAAUCGAUCGAUGAUGAUUUUGGAAUUCUUUGACCACUAUAAUAUCUAGCAAAUCACAAAAAAUUACGUAUUUUCAAGUUUUAAGCCGGUUUUUGGACUAUUGACAGAAUUUUCGAGUAGAAUGUUCUGAAUAAUGGUUACUGAAAUUUGGGAAAUUACGUGCAUUCAUUUUCUUAGAGAUACAUUACUAGUAUGACAGUAUGUAAUACAGUCCAUGAUGAUACUAUGUAAAAGUAUUUUAAGUUUCCUUUCAUAUUUUAUUUGGUUUGGAAAAAGUUACAUUUAAAAGAAUACACGUAAGAGAUAUAUACAAUUUUUUUAUACAUUUUACGAAGCAUAUAUGGCGAAAGCCGCUUGCGCAUAUCGUUCUGUUUUUUUUCGAUAAAAAGCUUAAAUAAAAAAAAAAUAUAUAUACAAAUCAAAGAUAUUAACAAAGUAUUUUUCAGAAGCUAAUAUGGAGUCAACAAUAGCAUCCUCUUGCGUUAACACAGUUGCUUUUUGUUGACUACGUUUGGCUAAGCGUCUCUGUACAAUUUCGGCGAUCAUUGGGUCUGAUCGUUCAAGUAAACCAUUGAAGUGUCAGUGGAAUUGUCAUAUUUCCAACCUAGAAAACCUUCCAAGAGAUUAUUCCAAAUGUUUCUAGAGCGCGUUCCACGAGAUUGUUCAAGAUUUUUCAAGAAAAAAUGCAGCAUAGAUUAGGAUAGAAAAACAUCUUGGUCCUUCUUGUAGUAUUUUAGAUGACUCAGUUGAUCAAUAAGAUUUUAAUCAAAGAAACACAGCGAACGUAAUUUCCAAAUUUCAAUAACUAAUAUUCAGAACAUUCUACCUGUAUAAAAUUUUGUCAAUAGUCCAAAAAUCUGCUUAAAACUUGAAAAUACAUGAUUUUUUUGUGCAUUGGAUACAUAUUAGUUGAUAGAUCCGUUUGGUGUCGUACAGUCAGAUUUAGUUCAUAGUGAUCGUCCAAACCAUUUAUACUACAAUCAGACAAUGAUCCAAAAGAACUUUGGAAAAGAUUAAAUCGACACACGACAAACAUAACAGACACUAGAAGCGGUGACGAGCGGGUUAGUCUCACUGGCUCGAGGAGAAUGUUGCAGGUUUAAUUUGUUCAACAUACUUUCCUCUUUCGACUCGUAGGAUAUACUCUAAAAAAAAAAGUAUUCUUCAGCUUUUAAAAGAACCGAAAAUCAGCGGAAAUUCAUUUAUCCCAAAUAGAGACAAAUUCUGUUCUUCAGCUUUCGAGAGCUCUAAAUUUCCUCUUCAACUUUUGAAAAACUGAUUUUUUCGUUCUUUGGAAAAUGAAAAACAAAUCUUGAGAUCUGAAGAACAGAACUGGAGUUCUCUAUUUGAAACAAUCAUAGGUCAGCGAGUUUUAAGCUUUCUUCUUAAAGCUGUGUGUGUUUGUGUAUUUGAGAUAAAAUUAAGCACACUUACUUUGCAAUCUUACAAAAAAACUUCUCGAUUUUUUUUUCUCUUUAGAAGAUGCACCCCACUAAAGCACUCCAGAAAGAACCUAGGAAAUGUUGGCUUGAAGGAAGAAAGGCAAACGAAUUGGUUAGACAUAGCAUUUUAGGAGUGCAGAACACCGUAAGUUAAGGUUUUUUUAUUAAUGAACUGAAAAAGAACGACUUGCCUUUGGUUGUCAAAAUUUAUAUUUCUAGGUUGACUAUAGCCCUAAUCUAUACAGGACAAUACACUGUGUCUGCAGAGUGAAUUUAUCAUUUUUUCACCUCUAAAUCUCCUAUUUACACGUGAUUCGAAAUUAUUGUUAGUGAUUUGAAAUUAUUGAUCGGUACGUUCUCAUACAUCGUGCGGCCUAUGCAGCACGUUACAGCGAAACUAACAGUGGGAAAUGUGUACUAAAAGGUAAGUUACAGAACGAAUAAUGAUGGUAUCAUAAAGAAAAGAAAACUGCCCAGAUUAACUAUCUUGCUAUUGUCGCGCCGCAAUUCGCUAUAAAAAGUCGCGGCAAGUACGCGUAACGCGAUCACGGUUAUGAUCGCGAAAUAAGAGUCUUGUUUUAGGAUCGCGGUUUUGUCGUAGUCUAAGAAUGAAAGCGCCGAAUUCGCG